GAUCAAAAUGAGAGAAAUCGUUCAUAUGCAAACUGGCCAAUGUGGUAACCAAAUCGGAGCUAAGUUCUGGGAAGUGAUCUCUGAUGAACAUGGUAUUGACCCAACUGGAACUUACCACGGUGAUUCAGAUCUUCAAUUGGAGAGAAUCAACGUUUAUUAUAAUGAAGCAACCGGUGGUAAAUAUGUACCCAGAGCUGUUCUCGUCGACUUGGAACCUGGUACCAUGGAUUCUGUACGAUCGGGACCAUUUGGCCAGAUCUUCCGUCCAGACAACUUUGUCUUUGGCCAGAGUGGUGCCGGCAAUAACUGGGCUAAAGGUCAUUAUACAGAGGGUGCUGAAUUGGUAGAUUCCGUUCUUGAUGUGGUUCGCAAAGAAGCUGAAAGUUGCGACUGUCUACAAGGAUUCCAGUUGACCCAUUCUCUGGGUGGUGGAACUGGUUCUGGUAUGGGCACUCUUCUGAUCAGUAAAAUUCGUGAAGAAUAUCCGGAUAGAAUCAUGAACACCUUCUCUGUUUGUCCUUCACCAAAGGUAUCUGAUACAGUUGUUGAACCUUACAACGCCACCCUCUCAGUUCAUCAACUGGUAGAAAAUACAGAUGAGACCUACUGCAUUGAUAAUGAGGCUCUAUAUGAUAUCUGUUUCCGCACCCUUAAAUUGACCACACCUACUUACGGAGAUCUUAACCAUCUGGUAUCAGCUACCAUGUCCGGAGUGACCACCUGUCUCCGAUUCCCUGGUCAACUCAAUUCUGACCUGAGGAAACUUGCAGUCAACAUGGUACCAUUCCCUCGUCUUCAUUUCUUUAUGCCAGGUUUUGCUCCUCUCACCUCCCGAGGUUCCCAACAAUACCGGGCUCUCACUGUACCCGAACUUACCCAACAGAUGUUUGACGCAAAGAACAUGAUGGCUGCCUGUGAUCCGCGUCAUGGUCGUUAUCUAACAGUAGCAGCUAUGUUCAGAGGUCGUAUGUCUAUGAAGGAGGUUGAUGAACAGAUGUUGAACGUCCAGAACAAGAACAGCAGCUACUUUGUUGAAUGGAUUCCUAACAAUGUUAAGACCGCUGUUUGUGAUAUUCCACCAAGGGGUCUGAAGAUGUCAGGGACAUUUAUUGGAAACACCACAGCUAUCCAAGAACUAUUUAAAAGAAUCUCUGAACAGUUUACUGCUAUGUUCAGACGAAAGGCUUUCCUCCAUUGGUAUACUGGUGAAGGUAUGGAUGAGAUGGAAUUUACUGAAGCUGAAUCUAAUAUGAAUGAUCUGGUAUCUGAAUAUCAACAGUACCAGGAUGCUACAGCUGAAGAGGAGGGAGAAUUUGAUGAAGAAGAAGAACAAGAAGAUGCUUAAAUUGGAGAUAUUAAACGAAGCUGAAACUAUUUAUUCUAUUUCAUUUAAUUGUUAUAUGUUAAUAAAUGAACAUAAUAAAGCCAGACAGAGCUGUAUUUAUCUCUUUGUAUCUCAAAAAGUCUCUGCGCGAGUAAAACCUUAUUGCACACUAAUUGACUUCGUCCGUAUUCGCCAGCCUAAGAAAGUGCAUAUAGAGUAGUAUACACAUUUCAUUUAAUUAUACUUCGGGUCACUAUGAAGUACACGUAAAUGGCUCUGAAAGAUGCAAAAUCUAAGUCGACUAGUUAUAGUAGCCAAACACUAGAUUUUAAUGAUUGUUGGUUUGAAGUGUUUGCUAUGUUUUAUUGGUUUCAACUUCAGAA